AUGCGAGCUCUGUCCAUGUCGAUUGCGAGGGAGUAUGGGCCGAAAGGAGUGCAUACUGCGCAUGUGAUUGUGGAUGGUGUGAUUGAUACAGACUUCACUAAGAAAUGGACCAAGGAUAUGUCUACGGAGGCGACGAUUGCUCCAGGUGAUAUCGCGGAGAGCUAUUGGAGUUUGCAUACGCAGAGUAAGAGGUGCUUUACUAACGAGAUUGACAUUCGGCCGAUGUUGGAGAAGUGCAUUUCGGACACAUUGAAAGUGUCCAGCAGCCAAGUCAACAACACUUCUUCCUUCAUCUACCCCUUAAAAAUGAAUCCCAAGCCCUGCACCAUCUGCUCCCUAGCUCCACCCAACCCCCCUCAAGCCCUCCCAAUCUCAGCGCCAUUUACUCCAGACAACAACAAAGACCUUUCCACCUGCUUCAUAGAAUUCGCCAACAAAAUCUAUCAAAUCUAUUGGAAAGAGCCCUCCACACAAUACCCAGACCUUACCAAUUUUCCCUCUCUACAAGAGGGCACAACAUACGAACCCGUACCCCUCAGCCCUCCAAUAGCCGAACUUUUCGCUACUUCGACGUUGAUCAAUUACGGUGUAGACGGAUGUAUUCGAUGCACCCAUAGUGAUACCGAGCUCCUGCCGAUCGUCAAAAUUGCGCUGCCUCGUCAAAUCUCGCGAGCUCGUGUGCAGUACGAAAUUGCCAUGCUGAAAGAGAUGAAGCGUUGUGAAAUUCCUGUGCCGGAAUUCGAUCCUGUGCCAUUGGUGGAUUUGGAGGGGGGGAUAUUUGGCUAUCGUAUGGAAAAACUCUUUUCGCUGGAUUUUAAGGCUUUGGGGGCUGUUAAAGAAGAGUUGAGGGAGAUUGUGGAUCGUUUGCAUGAGUGUGGUUUUUCGCAUGGGGAUUUGAAUCCGAGUAAUGUUAUGAGAGAUGGGAGGGGGAGACUUGUUUUGAUUGAUCCGAGUUUUUCGGGGAAGAUUGGGGAAGUUGUUCCGAGUCAUGUACCCUCGUGGCAAUAUGAGGGUAGUGUGUUUUCUACUGCUACCGAUGAAACAUAUUUGAAGCAAUUUUUUGGCUGA